AUGACGAAUUCAAGAGAUUUUUACUUUGGCCUCCUGCGGAUCUCAAUGUUACAACUUUUAAAGGCUGAAGGAUUUGAUAGAGCAAAACCUUCAACAGUAUAUGUUAUUACAGAUCUCUAUUGUCAAUAUUUAAAACUUCUAAUAAAUGAGAUCAAUUUUGCAGCCCAAUCACGCCAAGAUGUUGAUGAUACUAUAAGCUUGCAAGAUAUAUCAAUGGCGUUUCAAAAAUUGGGCCUAAUAAGACCAUAUGAUUCACUUGAUGUUUAUGACGAAAACCCAAAUCUUCCCAGUGAUAUUGGGAUGAAAAACUUUAGGGACUGGUGUAUACACAAUACUCAUCCUAAAAAUGCUCGGGCUGUGGCUCUUCCUAUGGCAGAAAUGUUAAAAGCAACUAACGAUAAUAGUUUAAAAACCCUAUCCACAGUCCCAGAAUAUAUUAAUCAAUUACAGAACAAAGACUCUGGCUUUAAACCUCAAAACUCUACUAUUUACUAUAAUUCAGAGGGUAAUAUUGCAACAACUUCUAUGAUACAGGAUACUAUUGAUGACAAUGAUGAUGAGCUUAUAGAGGAGCUGAUUGCAAACGGUGAUACUGAUGAUUGGAUCAAAGUAAUGCUUGCAAAGCAACGCAUUAAUUUGGCUAAGAAAGUAAAAGGUAUUCGCCCAUCUAAAUUAGAGGAACUUCCAUCUGUCACAGGAUUGAAGUAUUCUGUCUUAGAUCCUUCCCACAUCAGUAGUUUAACUCGUAAUGAUACUUUACCUACAUAUUUAGAUAGAGUAAGGGCAGAAGGUACUUCACCAACUUCUUAUAUAGAAGGAACCUUAUUGAAUAAACUCCCUAUCAUGCAACCUUCGAAUAAGUUAGAUAAUAUUUCUUUAUCUUUUGAUACAACUAAGAAUGAAUCUGAUUCUGAUUCGGAAACUUCAGAUAAUAGCAUUGAAGAAGACACAGAACUUCAGGCUAACUAUAAUUCAGCUAAAACCAAGACUAAUAUAUCAUUAACGAAUUCAAAUAAUUUAAAAAACAAAUUGGUGAACGAAGAAAUAAGUGUUAAUGAUGAUGUUCCUGAUGAGUAUGCAAACAGCGGCCUACAGGGAACAGAAGAAUAUGUACUGAGUGCUGAUACAGAUACCCAGUUCGCAGAAAUGACUGAUAUGGACAAUACUUUCCAAAGGCGACAAUCACUUGACUACGGUGACGGUUCCUACGAUAAUGAAUUUAAUUUCAAUGGAUUUUAA